CGGGGCAGGUGUCGGCGUAGCAGCUAUAGGGCGGGGAAGCCAUUUUUUGUUUCUGGGAAGAGUAAGGAAGAAACCGAGACAAAAGCGAGGGGACAGAAAGAGAAAAUAAAAGGGCUCAGCCCCUUUCCUCUGAACUGAAGCUAGGAAGCAGUUUCGGCUGGCGGCAAGGUCCCGAGGGCCCAGAGAUGUUCUCCCUGUCGAGCACUGUGCAGCCCCAGGUUACAGUUCCUCUCAGUCAUCUCAUCAAUGCUUUCCAUUCACCGAAAAGCUUAUCUGUUUCUGUGAACACACCUGUUCAGAAGCAGCGCCGAGACCCAGCUCCUGAGCAUGACACACCGAGUAGUGAGCCUGUACUUAAUUUAAAGGACCUUGGAUUAUCUGAAUUAAAAAUUGGACAGAUUGAUCAACUGGUAGAAAAUCUACUUCCUGGGUUUUAUAAAGACAAAAGAGUUUCUUCCCAUUGGCAUACAUCUCAUGUCUCAGCACAGUCCUUCUUCGAAAAUAAAUAUGGUCACUUAGAUAUGUUCAAUACACUGCGCUCCUCUAGCCUGCACAGACAAUAUCCAAAAACUCUUCGAAGCAUUUGUUCAGAUCUUCAAUAUUUUCCAAUUUUCACACAGUCUCGGGGCUUUAAAACUUUAAAAUCAAGGACACGGCGUUUGCAGUCUACUUCUGAAAGAUUAGCAGAAGCACAGAAUAUAGCACCAUCCUUUGUGAAGGGAUUUCUGUUGCGGGACAGAGGAACAGAUCUUGAGAGUUUGGACAAACUUAUGAAAACUAAAAACAUACCUGAAGCUCACCAAGAUGCAUUUAAAACUGGUUUUGCAGAGGGUUUUCUCAAAGCUCAAGCUCUCACACAGAAGACCAAUGAUUCCUUAAGGCGAACUCGUCUGAUCGUCUUUGUUUUGCUCCUGCUUGGCAUUUAUGGACUCUUGAAAAACCCAUUUCUUUCUGUUCGCUUCCGGACAACUACAGGACUUGAUUCUGCUGUAGAUCCUGUCCAGAUGAAAAAUGUUACUUUUGAACAUGUUAAAGGGGUGGAGGAAGCCAAACAAGAAUUACAGGAAGUGGUUGAAUUCUUGAAAAAUCCACAAAAAUUUACUGUGCUUGGAGGCAAACUUCCCAAAGGAAUUCUUUUGGUUGGGCCACCAGGAACAGGGAAGACACUUCUAGCCCGAGCUGUGGCUGGAGAAGCUGAUGUUCCUUUUUAUUAUGCUUCUGGGUCAGAAUUCGAUGAGAUGUUUGUGGGUGUAGGAGCCAGCAGGAUCAGAAAUCUUUUUAGAGAAGCAAAAGCAAAUGCUCCUUGCGUUAUAUUUAUUGAUGAAUUAGAUUCUGUUGGUGGAAAGAGAAUUGAAUCUCCAAUGCAUCCAUAUUCAAGGCAGACUAUCAAUCAACUUCUUGCUGAAAUGGAUGGUUUCAAACCCAAUGAAGGAGUAAUCAUUAUAGGUGCCACAAAUUUCCCAGAGGCAUUAGAUAAUGCCUUAAUACGUCCUGGUCGUUUUGACAUGCAAGUUACAGUUCCAAGACCAGAUGUGAGGGGUCGGACUGAAAUUUUGAAAUGGUAUCUCAAUAAAAUAAAGUUUGACAAAUCUGUUGAUCCAGAAAUCAUAGCUCGUGGUACUGUUGGAUUUUCUGGAGCAGAGUUGGAGAAUCUUGUGAACCAAGCUGCAUUAAAGGCAGCUGUUGAUGGAAAAGAAAUGGUUACCAUGAAGGAACUAGAGUUUUCUAAGGAUAAAAUUCUAAUGGGACCAGAAAGAAGAAGUGUGGAAAUUGAUAACAAAAACAAAACCAUAACAGCCUAUCAUGAAUCUGGUCAUGCUAUUAUUGCGUAUUACACAAAGGAUGCAAUGCCAAUCAAUAAAGCUACAAUCAUGCCUCGGGGGCCAACACUUGGACAUGUUUCACUAUUGCCUGAAAAUGACAGAUGGAAUGAGACUAGGGCCCAGCUGCUUGCACAAAUGGAUGUUAGCAUGGGAGGAAGAGUGGCAGAGGAGCUUAUAUUUGGAACUGAUCAUAUUACAACAGGUGCUUCUAGUGAUUUUGAUAAUGCAACGCAAAUUGCAAAGAGGAUGGUUACCAGAUUUGGAAUGAGUGAAAAGCUUGGAGUCAUGACCUACAGUGAUUCAGGAACACUAAGUCCUGAAACACAAUCUGCCAUUGAACAAGAAAUAAGAAUUCUUCUGCGGGAGUCAUAUGAUCGAGCAAAACAUAUCUUGAAAACUCAUGCGAAAGAGCAUAAGAAUCUAGCAGAAGCAUUGUUGACUUAUGAGACUUUGGAUGCCAAAGAGAUUCAAAUUGUUCUUGAGGGGAAGAAAUUGGAAGUGAGAUGAUAACUCUCUUGAUACUGCUGGUUUUAUUACAAGGAUAUAAGUUGCCCUGCAGUCUCUUUUUUGCUACACUCUUCAACCCCCAUUCUUGACUUGGCAUAUAAUUCAAGGAUGAGAAACACUUUGUCAGCCUUCUGUCAUAUUAUCAUAUUUUGGUAAUUCCCAUGAUGACACCCAUUGGAGACUAGUAACCCAUAGCAAGUACAUGAAACAUAAUAAAUAAAGAGCUGUCAGGAUUAAAGACAGAUUGUUUGAAAAAUGUCAAUCAAUCAUGUUGAAAGUAAGCAAUCAUUUUGUGGUUGAUUACUUGAAGUGAGUAAAAAUUGUGCCUUUAUCUACUGGUAAGUAUUUUUUUUAAAUUUUCAAGCUAAAAUAAUUGAAAAACUAUCAUCUCCUGAUAGUAAUAUUUCGCUUUGGAAAAAAAAAAUGCCAUGGGUAAAUGCAUUUCUACAUAUAUCAGUGGAAAACAUUACGAUGUACUUCACUCUGUUCUUGACUCACCAUGUGAAAUGGCCUUUAAAAGGGGCUAUUGAAUUGUAAACAUAGAGAUAUAAUCAGAAUUUAAAUGCUUGUAAUGUCUUGAAAAUGCAGCAUGAGUGCUCAUUUUCUUUCAGAUUCUAUUGUCUCACUGACGGAAUGGUUUUAGAACAGCAGUAUUUUAUGAUGUAAAUAAGUAACAAAAUAUAUUCUGAAUAAUUGUAUAAUUACCUUUAAUCUCAAAAUCACAAUGAAACCAAAAACUCAAUUCCUGUCUAAGUGGUCUUUCAAUUACUGCCUUGUCAGAUUUGGAAGGCUUUGCAUCUGCACAUAUUACACGAUUCAUCAGUAGUUUAAGUCAGUAGAAUGUAGAGUGCAUUGUAUUGGUGUUAUAACCAAAUUACAUUCUUGAAGUAACUAUUAAAAUUGCAUUCAGUUUUCUCAUGGAGGAUGUAUAUGGUCUUCAUUGAAGAAAACAGGUAUAAUUAAAGGAACCUUGUUACAUGAUAUUCUUGGCUUUUUAAAAUAAUCUUAAGUUUUGAUAACAAUUCAAACUGAAAAUGUUGGUAGAGCUCCUUUAUAUUUUUUAUCUAGACUCAUAUGUUGUUUAAAUUUUUACUGCUU